GAAGAGCAUUGGCUUGGAGGAGCUUUCAGUCAAAGUUUUCUGGCCUCUGGCACUGCUCCCGUGUCUAUCAGGGGGUUUCAAGUUUUGCUCACAGCCAUUUCACAUGGCCAGCUUGUGAGUACGUCAUUGUUUUGGCUUUAUUUGGCAGUGGGAGUUGACUUCAGCCCUAGUGAUAGAGGGUCCCUGCAGACGGGCUGCAUUAAAAAGGGCUCCUCUGUUAAACUGUCUACUGCUUUUGGAUCCAUGAAUAGAUAAAGACUGAGAAAGACUCAUUCAGAUCCACCCAGCAGCUGAGCUGGAGCUCGGAUGGAGGACUGUGAGGAUUUUCUGGAAGGGAAAAAGCACAGUGAGCACUCUUCGUGCAGUGUUCUGGAAUACAAUGAUCUUGAGGCUGCUGAAGCUCUGGUCUACAUGAGCUUCUGGAGUCAGAUGUCUCCAAAACCCAACACCUUCAAACCUCGCCCUCUUACCCCAGCUUCAGACUCCUGCGAUUCUUUCCCGCCCCCCGAACCACUGGAGACCCCGAGGGACUUCGUCUCGCUCUCUUCACUGUGCAUGACCCCACCACACAGCCCCAGCUUUACUGAGACCUCCAACACCACAUCAGUGCCAGCCUCCCCUUCACCACUUACCCGGUCCUGUCCCAGCCUCCCCAGCCCGAGAUCUGCAUGCCCCACCAUGACCUCCAUCACUCAGGACCCCACAGAAAAGACCACACCCGUGCCUUGCAGAGCCAUGGCAACCAGCGUAAUACGGCACACGGCCGACAGCUCCCUGUAUCAGAACAUUCCACAAAAGACUGUUCCUUCAUCAUCAUCACCCACCCUGUCCUGCCAACCCCAGACCGACAACAUGCCGCCAUGCCAAAACAGCAGCAGACUUCUUUCUAAGGAUGAUAAGUGCUUCAUUACAUCAUCUCCUCAGCCACCGCCCCCAACCUCUAGUCCACCAAUCAUAUGCCAGAUGUUCCCGGUGGCCCAACCUGGAGUCAUCUCAGCGACGUUUAUUCAGAAGCCCAGCCCUGGGGUGAAGUCUAUCUUACCACAGCCGCUCCUGAUGGGCUCUCCGGUGCCUCAGGGGACGGUGAUGUUCGUGAUGCCCCAGUCACCGGUGUCUUCGGCUCCACACUGCCAACAGACUGUUAUGACUCUAGGCAACACCAAGCUCCUGCCUCUGGCUCCCGCGCCUGUUUACAUGCCCUCGGGGCAGAGCAGCAUCACGCAGGUCGACUUUUCCCGCAGGCGCAACUACGUCUGCAAUUUCCCUGGUUGUCAGAAGACCUAUUUUAAAAGUUCUCACCUAAAGGCUCAUCUCAGAACCCACACAGGAGAGAAACCUUUUAGCUGCAACUGGGAAGGCUGCGAUAAGAAAUUCGCCCGCUCUGAUGAGCUCUCUCGGCAUCGGCGAACGCACACGGGCGAAAAGAAGUUUGUCUGCCCGGUGUGUGACCGAAGGUUUAUGCGCAGCGACCACCUCACCAAGCAUGCACGGCGACACAUGACCACCAAGAAGAUCCCAUCCUGGCAAACAGAGGUGCGGAACCUCAACAAGAUCACCGCUGCCAAGGCCUUGCCCACUGGCACAGCACUACCGGUCAGCAUGUUGCUGCCAGCCUCAAACUGACUUUGAUGGAGACUGAACUCUAAACCCUCACCAAUGUUAUGCAGGGACUCAUGUUAUGAGGGCAAGGCUGCUGAUUCUCUCAUGGGCAAAAACAUUAUUAUGCACUGGACUCCUGUCUUCUUUGCUGCACAUAUUUCGCACAUUUUGUUUACUAUUGUGUAAAAGAUUUAUGCACUCUUUUUGCCAGUCUUUGUACUAUGUUUGUCUUAAAAUUUCUUACUUUUUCCUCUUCAUUUUUUUUGUACAUAUCUAAUGGAAAUGUAUUAUGUAUGCUAAACUACACAAAAUUAGAAAAAAGAAAAUAU